AUGAACAAUUUUGAGACGAAUUUACUACCAUAUUAUACAUGGCACAAGUACUGCACCUGCUCAAAGGACAAAAAGCUUACUUCAACGGCAAAGUCCAAUAAGCGAAGGUGGGCAGUCGGGGCCUCUUCACGAAAAAUUGGGCAAAAACAUGUGGAAUCUAAUGAUGAAAUAGCCACUACGACUGAAGCAACUGAGAAAUCAGAGUGCGUUGUGUAUCCGUCAAAAGUUUAUUCGAUUGAUGUACUUGAAAAGCAACUCCUCGAACGAAAAAGAAAUGCGCGUCAGAAUAGAUAUUCAUUAGGAGGAAAUGCCUUGAUUAGUGCUUUUAGUAAGAUUGGUAAUACCCAUGAUACGCUCAAAGAUGCAACACGAGAAAAGAUCCUAGAUGAGUUGCGUCUCUGCAAAGUGCACCAAGAGGAGCGAAGACGAGAUGAGCUGCUUAGAGGGUUACAAUAUCGCAUGGGGCGAGGAGUGCAGGAGUCUUGGCAUUGCGCUGAUAGAACACAGAAUCACGAGAAGGCACGAUGUAAGUAUAAAGAUACACGCCUUAAUACAAGUGCUGACACCGAAAGCAAUACUGAGAGCGACAGAUACUGUUGUGUAGAAGAAGACGAGCAAGUUUCGCGAUUUUCGGAUCCAAUGAGCUUUUUACCCUCCACGGGUGAGGGAUAUGCUGCUGUUGCAAUGCGGAGGCAAAAUACAUGUCGGCUCAUGGAAGGCGAUUUGUGGCUUGCAGCAGGCACACGGGAACAUUGUGCCCGUGUGUCUGCACUGAAAAGCGAGAAUAUUCGCAUGAUUAACAAAAUACCAAAGGAUGAACUAAGUGAAAGGAUCGAUGUAUGCUAUGGAUCCUUGGGUAGGUCCGUGAAGGAGGCGAAUGAACACCAAGAUGGUAUGGAGCUGUGCAAGCAGGCGGUCAUGGUCUGCGGUCGUGUUCUCGAUUCUGGUGAAGAUAUCAAGCAAAAGAAGCUAGCUUUACGGCAUAACUUGAUGAGAUCAAAAAAAUAA